AUGUCCUUUGAUAAUCAGUAUUUACGCGAUAAACUCGGCGAUGUUCUUGUUCAGGGCCUUAAGGAAACAGCUCUUGAAGAUCCAGCAGAUCCAAUCGAUUUCUUAGCUCAUUGGCUUCUUCAUCAUCGUGAUGUUGAAGAUCAAUGGAAAGAAUUCCGUGAAGAACAGAAGAAACUUUCUCAAGAAAAGGCAGAUUUCAUGGCUCAACGUGAAGCUGAAAUGAAACGCCUUGAAGAGGAAAGAAAGGCUCGCGAAGCUGAAGAAGCUCGCCUCGCUGAAGAAAAGAAGAGAUUAGCAGAAGAGGAAGCCGCUAGAAAGAAAUCUGGUGAAGAAGAAGAGGAAGGUACAGAAUCUAAAGAUGAUACAACUACUACAGAAACUACUGGUGAAACAGAGACAGGAUACUCUGAAUCACUUGGCGAUACUUAUUAA